UUGUGCAAGUUCAUUUACACAUAAGGAGCAACAGACAUCUUUCUGUCCCUCACCUCUGUCUCCCUUGGUUUUUCGAGAAAAGGCUUUUGUAAAAACUCCCAUAUUGCGGUGAAUGUAGUAGUUUCAUUUCUUUCUUUCAUGACAAUGGGAGACACAAAGAGUAACAAUGGUGGUGUCAGGUGCUGGUUUUUUUUAACCACGAGUAAUAUUUUAUAAUAUAAUUUUAGAAUGCUAAACACUGACAAUAACACUAGUUUCAAUGUAUAUUAAUCUUCCUGAACACAGCAUCUCACUUAACACACAGGCUUUGUCAAUUGUCCUGUAGUUUUAUAUCUUUGUUGAGCUUCAGUCAAUAUGUGAUUUUAAGUCAGUAGUUAUUAUUUUGGUUUUGGUUGGGAAAUAAAGAAGUGUGAUGAAGGUUUAGCAAAUGAUGUACGUGUCAGUUUUUUUCAGUGUUAGUUCCUGGUUAUGCAAAUAUGUAAAUAUAAACAGUAUAUAAACGCUGGUCUUAGAGAAGUCCAGCACCUCCACACUGGACAGCUGAAGCUACCAGCGGAUACUGAAAAGAAAAAGGAGAAGAUAUUCUUCAAAAGAGAUACUAACAUCACCAUGAAGCUGCUGACUGUGUCUGCACUUCUCUGUGCAAUGAUGGCUCUAACCAUGGCUGUUGCCAAGAGUCACCUGGUCAAGAUGUCCAAUGGUUGUCCUCAUGGUUGGACUCGUCACAGCGAUCGCUGCUUUUACUACGUUCCAACCGCCAUGAGUUGGGCUAGAGCUGAGAGAAACUGCUUGUCCAUGGGGGCAAAUCUUGCAUCAGUGCGCAGCAGCCGUGAGUACCAGGCGGUUCAGAGUCUGACUGCCCAUCAUGGCUACUCCGAAACUUGGAUUGGAGGAACUGAUGCACCCCAGGAGGGUAUUUGGUUAUGGAGUGAUGGGACCAGUUUUCACUAUUCACACUGGUGCCCAGGAGAGCCCAAUAAUCUUUUCAAUCAGCACUGUAUUAAGAUGAAUCAUGGAGAUUCCAAGUGCUGGGAUGAUAUGUGGUGUGAUCAUCAUCGGCCAUCUGUCUGCGCCAAGAAAGUCUAAUGUUUCUUGGACUGAAACUGAUGUAUGAUGGUGUUAUUGUUUCGCUAGCUCUUACUUUAUUUCAUUUUGCAGCAUUAUAUUUUUUCUUUCUAUAGCACCCAAAGAAAAUGAACAAUCAACACAAGUUGGGCAGUUAUUAAGGCCUUGUGACUUUAAUGGGAGCACACUUGUUACCAAAGGAUUGAUUUUACAUUUUUCUUCUGCAAAGAAAACUGUUCUCUUCUUUCUUUAACAUUAAAGCGUCAAGCAAGCAUUAAAGCGUCAAGCAAGCAUAUCUCU